GGGUACAAGUGAUUUCUAAAUUCGGCUUUCGAUAACUGCCUGGUUUCGGGAUAUAGAACAGCGAAAACAUUCAUAGUUCUGCUUUUUUAUUUUCUUUCAGUAAACCCUAAAUCUCAUCUCCAACAAAGAGUAGCCAGCUGCAAUCAUCCCUGCACCAAGAUUUUCAAUGGGGAGAAAAAAAGCUGAAGAGGCUGGAACAGCCAAAGCAGGUAAAACUGCUGCAAAAGAUGUUAAGAAGGAGAAGUUAUCAGUUUCGGCUAUGCUUGCCAGUAUGGACCAAAAGUCUGAGAAACCUAAGGGUUCUUCCUCUGCCACUACUAGUAAGUCUAAAGCAAAAGCAGCCCAAAAACGCACAUCUUAUACUGAUGACAUAGAUCUUCCACCAUCGGAUGAAGAUGAGGAUGAGUUGUCUGAAGAAGACCAACAAAAUAAUCCCGGUGGUAAUGUUCCUGUGAAAUCUAAUCGCCAUGCUGAUAUAAAGCCACUUGAAGCUGCCUCCUUGGAUGCGAAAAAACGAGAAAAGAAGGAAAUGCUGGCUGCUGAAGCUGCAGCUCGGGCAAAAAAGGAGGCUCUUAGGGAUGAUCGUGAAGCCUUCAGUGUUGUCAUUGGUAGUCGUGCUUCGGUCCUUGAAGGUGACGAUAAUGCUGAUGCUAAUGUUAAAGAUAUUACAAUUGAAAAUUUCUCUGUAUCUGCACGGGGUAAAGAGCUCCUCAAGAAUACAUCCGUGAAGAUUGCCCAUGGGAAGAGGUAUGGUUUGAUUGGACCUAAUGGAAUGGGGAAGUCCACGUUAUUGAAACUUCUUGCUUGGAGGAAGAUUCCCGUGCCUAAAAAUAUUGAUGUUCUUUUGGUUGAGCAAGAAGUAGUUGGUGAUGAUAAAUCAGCCCUUGAAGCUGUCGUCUCGGCCAAUGAAGAACUCGUCAAACUCCGUGAAGAAGUUGCGGCUUUGCAAAAUUUAUCUCUUGACGGGGAUGAGGAAAACAACAAUGAAGAUGACGACACAGGUGAAAAGCUUGCUGAGUUAUAUGAGAGGUUGCAGGUGAUUGGGGCUGAUGCAGCUGAGUCUCAGGCGUCAAAGAUACUUGCUGGAUUAGGUUUCACUAAAGAUAUGCAGGUGCGAGCCACACGAUCUUUUAGUGGAGGGUGGAGGAUGAGAAUCUCAUUAGCUAGGGCACUCUUUGUCCAGCCAACCCUUCUACUACUUGAUGAACCCACCAACCAUCUUGAUCUUCGUGCUGUUCUCUGGUUGGAAGAAUACCUGUGUCGUUGGAAGAAGACACUUGUUGUGGUCUCUCAUGACCGUGACUUUCUGAAUACUGUUUGCAAUGAAAUUAUCCAUCUUCAUGAUCUGAAGCUUCAACUAUAUCGUGGAAAUUUCGAUGAGUUUGAAAGAGGGUAUGAGCAACGUCGCAAGGAGAUGAAUAAGAAAUUUGAGAUAUUUGACAAACAGGUGAAGGCUUCAAAAAGGAGUGGAAAUCAGGCUCAACAAAAGAAGGUCAAAGAACGGAUUGAAUAUAAUAAUAAGAAGGAAUCGAAGAGCAAAGCAAAGGGGAAGGUUGACGAGGAUGAACCUGUGGCAGAGGCCCCAAAGAAGUGGAGAGACUACAGUGUAGAGUUUCAUUUUCCAGAGCCAACCGAACUUACCCCUCCUCUCAUGCAGCUUAUUGAUGUGAAUUUUAGUUAUCCAAACAGGGAUGAUUUCAGGCUCUCCAAUGUUGACGUUGGUAUUGAUAUGGGCACCCGAGUAGCAAUUGUGGGCCCAAAUGGAGCUGGAAAAUCUACUCUUCUUAAUCUUCUUGCUGGUGAUUUGAUUCCCACGGAGGGGGAGGCUCGAAAGAGUCAGAAGUUGAGAAUAGGGAGGUAUUCGCAGCACUUUGUGGAUCUAUUAACAAUGGAGGAAACCCCUGUCCAAUAUCUUCUUCGGCUUCAUCCUGAGCAAGAAGGUCUUAGCAAACAAGAGGCUGUUCGCGCGAAGCUUGGAAAGUUUGGGCUUCCUAGCCAUAACCACCUUACACCAAUUGUGAAAUUGUCUGGUGGGCAAAAAGCUAGGGUUGUCUUCACUUCUAUCUCCAUGUCAAAACCACACAUUCUGCUAUUAGACGAGCCAACAAACCACUUAGAUAUGCAGAGUAUUGAUGCACUAGCAGAUGCAUUAGAUGAAUUCACAGGUGGUGUUGUGUUGGUUAGUCAUGAUUCCAGGCUAAUAUCAAGGGUCUGCGAAGAUGAAGAGAAGAGUCAGAUUUGGAUAGUUGAGAAUGGGACUGUAGAAUCUUUCCCUGGGACGUUUGAUGAAUACAAGGAAGACCUUCAAAAAGAGAUCAAAGCAGAGGUGGAUGACUGAUGUGUUAUUUAAGGUUCAGGUAUGGUUGUCUCGACUAUAUUAUCCAGUGUUACUAUACUUCUCUUCAUCAGAAAUUGCAUGCACUCUAUGAUUACAUUUGUUCCAAAUUUGGGGUUGUCUAUUUGUGGGGAGAAUAUUCCAAGACCCAACUGUUAGCUAUUGGGUUUAUAUGCAGACGACCCCCGGGGAAAAUAGAGAUGUCUCCGGUAAUAUGUGGAAGUAUUGACGUAAUUUCAUAGAGUCAUUCGGUCUGAAUGCUACAUGAAGAACAUAAGCCAGAUGAUGGAACGGGGAGACCUAGGAUGUAGAAGAUCAUAACAUGAUAUAUAUCCACUCAUGUGGUACUUCAUCAUACGAUUCAUAUAAGAUCCAUCUAUCUAGAUAUAAGCCGAGGCCGAUACAUCGUUGAAGAUUUGAGCAUUCAUUAUUCCCAUAAUUGAAUAAGCAUUUUUGCUCUGCUUGCAAUUUAGUAGAUUACUUGUGUGCAUUAAACCAUCCAUACCUCUUAUUUAUUUUCAUGGCCAUGUCUUUUUAUUUCGUAUGAUUACUGAGCAAUUAUGUAUUAAAAUAAACAACAUAAAAAGAGUUUCAAUUGAAUGUUUCUAGCUCGUAUGUGUAUUUAACAUUAUUUCCUUAAAAGUCAAGAAGUGCCACUUUU